AUGCGAAUUGGGACCAAUGGGCAGAAAACCCAGGAGCAUAUAGAAGAAAGCAGAACUGGAUGGGCUGGUGGAUUCUUUGUUUCAACACCAGUUUUCAGCUCUGAUGCCAUUUCAUACUACAAAAUAUUUAGCGACAAGGAUGGCUACAAACAUAUUCACUAUAUCAAAGACACUGUGGAAAAUGCUAUUCAAAUUACAAGUGGCAAGUGGGAGGCCAUAAAUAUAUUCAGAGUAACACAGGAUUCACUGUUUUAUUCUAGCAAUGAAUUUGAAGGCUACUCUGGAAGAAGAAAUAUCUACAGAAUUAGCAUUGGAAGCUAUCCUCCAAGCAAGAAGUGCAUUACUUGCCAUCUAAGAAGAAAAAGGUGCCAGUAUUACACAGCAAGUUUCAGUGACCACGCGAAGUACUACGCACUCGUCUGCUACGGCCCAGGCCUCCCCAUUUCUACCCUUCAUGAUGGCCGCACCGAUCAAGAAAUUAAAAUCCUGGAAGAAAACAAGGAAUUAGAAAAUGCUUUGAAAAAUAUCCAGCUGCCCAAAGAGGAAAUUAAGAAACUUGAAGUGGAUGAAAUGACUCUAUGGUACAAGAUGAUUCUUCCUCCUCAGUUUGACAGAUCAGAGAAGUAUCCCUUGCUAAUUCAAGUGUAUGGUGGUCCCUGCAGUCAGAGCGUCAAGUCUGUAUUCGCUAUUAGUUGGAUAUCUUAUCUUGCAAGUAAAGAAGGGAUAGUCGUUGCCUUGGUUGAUGGUCGAGGGACAGCUUUCCAGGGCGACAAGUUCCUGUACGCAGUCUACCGAAAGCUGGGUGUUUAUGAAGUCGGGGACCAGAUCACAGCUGUCAGAAAAUUCAUAGAAAUGGGUUUCAUUGAUGAAAAAAGAAUAGCCAUAUGGGGCUGGUCCUACGGAGGGUAUGUCUCAUCGCUGGCCCUGGCUUCAGGAACUGGUCUUUUCAAAUGCGGGAUAGCGGUGGCUCCAGUCUCCAGCUGGGAAUAUUACGCAUCUAUCUACACAGAGCGAUUCAUGGGCUUCCCAACAAAGGAUGAUAAUCUCGAGCACUAUAAAAAUUCAACUGUGAUGGCAAGAGCAGAAUAUUUCAGAAAUGUAGACUAUCUUCUCAUCCACGGAACAGCAGAUGAUAAUGUGCACUUUCAAAACUCAGCACAGAUUGCUAAAGCUCUGGUUAACGCACAAGUGGAUUUCCAGGCAAUGUGGUACUCCGACCAGAACCACGGCAUCUCCGGCCUGUCCACGAAGCACUUAUACACCCACAUGACCCACUUCCUAAAGCAAUGUUUUUCUUUGUCAGACUAAAAAUGGUGCGGAGCCAAGCUGGACCACAAUCUGAACACUGCUUAUAAAUGCCUCAGACCAUUUGCUUGUUUUACUUUUUAUGCUGUUAAAUGUUGGUGUAAACAAACAAACGGAUGUUGUUCUAAAGGCUGGCAAGAAAUUAGGAGGACUCAGAAGUUCAACCUAAAUAUUGUUUACAUUUUCUCACACUCUGUGGAAGAGGCGAAAAAAACCAUGCCUUGUGCUUUGGACAUGAACCGCGUUUUCCCCUGUUCAUUUGAGGAAUUAAAUAAAGUCAGAAGUUAAAGGGCUCUUGUUUUCUCCCUGUGCAUUAAUUUCAGGUUCCAGUUUCUAUCCCAGGAAGAAAUGCUUGUUCUAGGGAAGUACAGGAAUGAUGUUAGGGGGGUUAUGGAGGAGGAGAAUCUAGAAGCUGUUUUGGAUUUUUGUAGUUAGAACUCCAAAUGCUGGCAUGAAUGGCUCAGAGUAGGAAAAAGUAUUGUUCAGAAAUCAAGUUUGAGAUGCACUUUGUGGAGGUACCCUGAAGGCAGCACUCAAUGUUUAUUCAAUUUCCCCCUGAGUAUUUCUUCAGCAUUACCAACAGCAUUGGAUAAAGGUGAAGUUGGAAUUUUGAAUUCAGGCUCCUUUUAAGAAAUGCUUCAAAUUUGGAAAUAUUCCUAUUUUACAUCCCGUUUUAGAAUUAGUAAUGAUAACUGCCCUCAGAUCGGUAAACCCACACCAAACUAAAGCAAAGGGUAAAUUAAAUGGAUGUCACUAGUUGGAGAGGAAAAUUGUUAUAUGAAAUUUUUCUGGGGUUUUUGGUUCUAAGUAAUAGAGAUCAUUUUGAAAAUGAAAACCAAAUAAAGCUCUAAUACCUGUAAUGCCAAAGGUAGUAACUGUGCCCAUCAACGAGAAACUUACGGGUGGCUUGCCAUCUCUGUGAUUGCCACAGAAUUUAAAAAAUCUACACCAGGGCACCAGAGGACAUUUCUUAAAUGAGUGCUGGAAGUCUCCAUGAAGCCACCGCCUAGGGGAUUUUCGCUGGCACGUUUCCCAGCACGGAUUGCCCCAGAUGAUUUCCCUAUCCCUGGCGUGAUUGCCCCGGUGGUGGGUAGAAGGCCCCAUGCCUUCUCUCAUGUUCUGCAGCCGGAAGCACCAGUCUAGGCCUGGAGCAUCACAGCCAGAAUGGCCUCGAAGGGCACACAGACCACGGGCGCCUCGAGAGUUUUCAGGCACUUCUUAGUCUGGCACUCAUUCCACUAGCGCUUGCUGAAAUCUGCCUCCCACUCAGGCCACGUGGCCCCGCCUGACCCUUCAGGUGCAGGUGCUCUGCAGUGGUCAGGGAGCCUGCUCAAGACUCACAGAUUCAGGACUGGCCACAGCCCCUUGUCUCCACAUCCGGGCAACUGCUGACAGCGAGGGUGGGAGAGAAUGAUUAGCUUCCCUUUCUGUUCUGCGUGGGGCAACGUGUGACGCAAACCCAGAUUUCUCAAAAUGUUCUCAUCAUUCAUUCCAACUAAGAAGAAGAGAACAACCAACAGUUAUUUCCUAAUAUUCUAUCUAGAGAGACAAGGGGGCAAUUACAAAUACUAAGAACAUCUUGCUACUCCACCUUCUUUUCUGCCUUUGUGGAAUACAUGAAGCCAGCCUUUACUAUAUUAAUGUAAUAAGGAGUCUCCAGCCUCAUGCCUUUGAUCCUGCUGCCACAGAGGCAACUUCUGCAAGACAAAUCUAACUGCAUCACUUUCCCAUGCAGAAAGUUCCAGUAAUUCUUAAUGCAUCUAAAAAAUAAUAUUGUAGGUAUUAGGUGUACAGCAUUUCCAUCAUUACAGCAAGUGCUAUUGGAUGGCGCUAUCCCAGAAGAAUCUUCAUGACUGUAUCUUGGAAUUUAGCAUGUGGUACAGUUCACCACCCGAUACAUGAGUGAACACCUGUGUUCAUGGAAUACUACAUUAUUAUAUUACUCUAUAUUACUAUUGAUGAAGCCUUCCCUGACCCCCUUAGGUAGAAUCAGCCAGGUGCUCCUCAGGGUUGUCAACAUGUGUUUAUGUAUUUAUUCAUUCAUUCAACAAACAUUUAUUGAGUCUGUCUAUACACCAGACACUGUGCAAAAUUUUGAAGAAACAGUGAUGGCAAGGUAGCAAUUUAAAAGGCAGGGUUUAUUUUUCAAUGUUCACAUUUUGUACAGCUCUGCUAGAUUCUUCUUUUGGUUUGGAAGAUAUAAGAUACAUAAAUGACAAAGAGGAAAGAUUUUAGUAGAAAAUAUUAAACUAAAAGGGAUGAUUUUAAAAUAUCUUAUCUUCUCUAUUUGUAGGAAGCAAGUUGUAGUAAUUAUCCUUUACCACAUUAUGUUCUUGGUAUGAGAUAUUUGGAAGGACAAUCUCCAAAUACCUUAAUUAAUGCUGCGAACUAUAAUCAUUCUUCAUAGAUCACAAACUUGAGAUUUGCAUGCUUUCAUUUGACAAAUAUAAUUGCAUGCCACUGUUUUAGGUACUAUAGGUGACUCCCCCCUUCCAAAAAAAAAUGUAGCAGGAUGCAAGUCUAUAGGCAGGAACUUAAAGUCUUGUAAAGGUGAGAAAUGAAUAUAACUACAAUGUAAAUUCAAAUGAGAUCAGUGCUCUAGGUAUAAAAUUCUAGUAUGUAUAAGAGGGAAACUGUCACAAAAUUAUACCAUCUCAAAAAAUAAUCUCAAAUUUGGUACCACUAUGCUGUCCUUAAAGCUAUUUUAAAAGGUUCCAAAAUUCUAAGUGACCAUCCAAUAUUUCUUAGAGUGAAUGACAAAGAAGCAGCAAGAAAAUGGGUAUUUUGUUAAAUUUAACACAAAUGAGGAAACUUUGAUUGAGGUUUAAGUUCUUUUGAAAAUCCAGAAAUACAAAAUGUGUAAUUUAUUUUCUUUAUUUCAUCCUCAAGAAACAUUUUUCAAUACCUAUGUUGUACGUGGCAGUGUUCUGGGAACUGCAGGGGUUGCAAAUAUGAAUAUAUAUGACAAUUUCUCCAUUUCUAGACUCUUUCAGUAAAGGCGACUUAACGAAUCUGAUUUUCCCAACAUUUGAGCAUUUUUCAGAAACUGACAGAUCUUUAUGCAAAUGUUGUUGCCAAGCUGUUUGUAAUGGUGAAAUUAUACUUUGACAGUAACUCUUUAAAAUAUAUUAAACCCAGCUAAGGUUUUUUUGGAAAUGUUGCCAAUUAAGUGACUUUAAUGAGCUUCUUGAUGGUAAUGUAAUUACAAUUCAGAUGUUCUAAUUGUAAAAAAAAAAAUACAGUUCUGGGAAAGUUAACAGUAAAAUAAGCAAAUGUAAAAUAAAUUAUGGCUAAUUUAAAUUGUGAUUAUGUGGUCCUCUGAGAAGACUACCAAAACAAUGCUUUCAAUUACGCUGUUUGUAAAGUAGAAAGAAGGCAUCUAACAGAUAUGUUAAAUUUAUCCAAUAAAGCAGAUAUUUUGAGUUUAACCAAUAAAACAGAUCAAAAAUUUCUGAACACAGUAAAUCAUUCUAGCUUGUAAAGAACUGCUAAAACACUUCCUUGCCAUUAUGGAGAGGUACCUUGGCAAUUUGAAGUAGAAUACUUUCUCAUUCAGGGAGAAAUAAGUGCCUGGACCUUACCAAGCGAUUCAUGGGGAAAACGAUCUGGCUCCUAGCAGAAGUCUCUAAUGACCACCUGCUCAGAUUACUGGCAUGCGAUGCUAACAUGCUGGUCAUAAACACUUUUUUUGACGCACAGGUAAUGUCUUUGGCAAGCUAGAGCAGUGUGAUUUUACUCUGUUGGCCUCUAAUUAAUGCUCCAUUACUUAACGCUACUUAAGAAAAAUUGCUUUGACAGUGUAUGUUUUACCAAAUACUCAUUGGUGCAGCAUUAAAUCCUUCACACUAUGGUUAUACAAAGUCUGUAUCCUGUGAAUAAAAGCAGUAAUCAAGCCGACAUGC